GUCCCCUCACUGAAGCCCCGCCCCGCCCAAUCAGGCGAGGGGAACCGCCCUGAGCUGGGUCACGUGGCUGCCGACCACGUCCUUCCCUUCGGCCGCGUCCUGGGUCCGGGGGCUUGCGCUGGAGCGCUGAAGGCGCCGAUCCCGGCCGGUCAUGGUGGUGAGCAACCGGGUGAAGCGCAUCUUGCGGCUGGUGCCCGGGAAGCAGCGCUUCGGCGUUUACAGGUUCCUGCCCUUCUUCUUCCUCCUCGGGGGAGCGAUGGAGUGGUUCAUGAUUAACGUCCGCGUUGGCAAGGAGACCUUCUAUGAUGUUUACCGAAGGAAACGAUCGGAAAGACAGUAUGAGGCAAAGAUGGCAAAAAAUGAACUUUAGCUGAAACGUUUCAAGAGGAAGGUCCUGAAUGCUUCAACUGUAUUGAUACCAAAAAAAGCAUUACCACCACAGUGAUGGUAGGGGAAGAUUUUGUCUCUGCAAGAUGAACUAUCAUCCAACAGUUUGUGUAAUACACUCCCGUAUGGUUUUGGCAGUUUUAUUCUUCCAUCUACUUCGUUAUCUUUCAUGCUUUGUAUUUAAGCCAAAUACAGUAGCAAAAAGUUCAUUGUAUUUGGGCUUCUGCCAUUUAUUUAAUGUUUGUUUAGUACUUUAAAAUAAACUAAAUUAAGUGAACAGA